AUGUCGUUGUCAGAUGAGCGAUUUGCCUAUGGGCCAUUUGCACCGCAUUGGGUACCGAAGCAAUACAUCCAAAACUAUUUCGCUUCACACCAUGUUGACCGUUACUUGGUGCUCAACACCACCGUUGAGGACGUCACCCGUGCCCAUGAGAAAUGGAUCCUGAUUUUGCGAAAAUACGAUCCGGUACAGAAGGUAGACAUCUGGUGGUCUGAGCAAUUCGAUGCCCUCAUUGUCGCCAACGGGCACUACUCAAUCCCCUACAUCCCACAAGUCAGCGGUCUUGACACAUACAUCCAGCGUUUCCCUACCCGUAUAACGCACUCCAAAUUCUACCGCUCUCCAACCCACUACCCCAACCAACGCAUCUUGAUCAUCGGCAACUCGGCCUCCGGCCACGACAUUACCACCCAAAUCGCUCAGUCCGGGUCCGUCGAACUCCCAGUCUACCAAUCCCGGCGCUCCCGCAACCGCUGGGACGGCUCAUCGCCCCCGCCCGGCGUGGAGUGGAAACCGAUGGUGUCAUCGUAUGACGCCGAGUCCGGCGCCGUACAUUUCGCCGACGGAAGUCGUCUAACCAACAUCGACGUGGUCAUCUACUGCACAGGCUACAAGCCCAGUUUCCCCUUCUGGAACAGCAAAGCCAACGGCGGGCUGCUCUACGACUACAGAAAAGACAAGCUGCAGGACUUUUACCAGCACACCUUCUCCGCUCGAUUUCCACAGUCUCUGGGCAUCGUGGGCUUGCCGCGCGUGCUCACGUUUCGUAGCUUCGAGUACCAGGCUAUUGCGCUUGCGAGGAUUUUCUGUGGAAGAGAAGCAAGGCCUUUACCGAGUGGUAAGGAGAUACGCGAGUGGGAGGAUAAGAGGGUGCAGAAGUGUAAAGAGGAGGGGAGGUCGUUCCAUACCAUCCUCUGGGAUGACGGGGAGACGAUGGAGUGGUUCAGGUACUUGUAUCAACUGGCAGGUUUGCCGUUGUUGGAGGGGAAGGGCAGGGUGCCACCGGUGUUGGGCGAGAGGGAAAGAUGGGCUUAUGAUAAUAUUAAGAAAUACCCUGAACCUGGGAAGGGGAGUAGGAAGUAUGGUAUAGGCGAGGAAGGGUGGGUUGCUACUGAUGAGGAGAGGGAUAGUGCAUGGUUUGUUUGA